CGUCAUGKCAUGCCUUUUUCUUUGACGCACAAAAAAAUCAUCUUGGUUUCACAAGCCAUCUACCUGAUCGAGUGAAAGACAGUAUCGAAAAAAUGACUUCCAAAAAUCCACCCCCCCUGGAAGAACCGCAGGAGGCAAGAGAAAGGCGCCGAUCUAGCAUUGGCUCAGCCUUGUCUAUCGUUCAAGAUGUACGUCCUUUCACCAAUCGUUGAGCACGAUCUAAAUAUAUUUGUUGAAACAGAAUUCUGUGUUUCUAUAUCGAAUUUUUGCUUAACCAACCACCUCUCACAACGCUUGCUACUUACAUUCAAUAUUUUAUCUUUUUUGUACCAUGGCUGGGUAUGAAAAGGAGGUUGUCUCCCUCAAGGACGGGUUCACUAUGUCAGGAGGGGAUUGGGGUAGUUUCACACAACUAUUUUUUGAUAACCUAGGUACCCUGCUAGGUGCAUUGUACGCGAUCCAAGGAUUGUCGUACAUGGGUGACAUAUCCGUUUCCGAAGAUGUUAUGAAUGACAUCGUUUGGGGCAAGAUUGCUCCAGGUGUUGGGUUGACGUUGGUCAUCGGAAAUUUGUAUUACACCUGGCAAGCUAUUCGUCUGACAAACAAGUAUAAACGCCAGUACACUGCACAGCCUUAUGGAAUUAACACUCCAGGUGCAUUUGCAUUUGUUUUUAACAUUAUCUACAACGUCUUCUUUACCGAGGGCGGUGGUGACGAAGCAUUUGUCAAAGGAUACAAGGUUUCGUUGGCGGCAAAUUUCAUCACUGGGUUGAUUUCUAUCGUUUUAGGAAUUUUUGGAAUGCAGAUUUUGAAAUUUGUUCCUCCAGCAGGACUGUUGGUUCCGAUUGCAGGGAUUGGGAUUGCAUUUCUAGGACUAGAAAACAUAGCUAACUCCGUAUCUGUACCCUUAGUUGGAUACAACGCUAUGCUGUGGGUUUACCUAGGAUGGUAUGCCGGAGUUAGGAUCGGGUACAAGAAUUUUCGUCUACCCGAAGCUCUCCAGGUCAUCAUUGUUGGUGUCGUCAUGGGUUGGAUCACCGGGCUCAACAAGUCCGAAGACGUGGCGAAAGCAUCUAAGCUCGUCAAAUGGUACGGACCAAGUAAGUUUCAAUCAAUUUUUAUGCACCGCACUGACAAAUCGACUUUCGAUCGAUGAUUGAUUCUUAGACCGAUCCAUCUCAACUUUUCGAAUCGAUUUUUGCUCGCAACGAUUAAUCAGCUUGGACGGCAACAGAAAUGUUUGAAGAUUUCUCUGAUCUCAAGAAUUAUUUAGGAAUUAUCAUCCCAUUGGGGAUUUCGGCAGCUGCAUCGACACUUAUGUGUUUGGUUUCUGCAAAAGAAGCCGGUGAUCCUUUUCCUGUACGAGAGACAAUGAUUUCUGAUGGAGUUGGAACUUGUAUAUCUAGUUUCUUUGGAAGCCCUUUCGGAACCGUUAUUUAUAUUGGACACCCUGCCUACAAGCGAAGCGGUGCCAAAGCAGGAUAUUCUCUUGUCAAUGGAGUUACAUACUUGUAAGUACGAACCAGUGAGCCAUCUUGAUGUACUACAACCUCGUAAAACGAUUUAUGGGAAACAAACUAYUCGUAAGAAGUACCGGGAGCCAGUCUUCUGCUUACUUUGAUCCUAUUUGUCGCUCAUCUCCCCCAUCCUUUCUUCUUCCUAUUUGUCGUCUCAUCCGCCUUACGUCAAAAAAGAAUUUUCUCUUGGUUCGGAAUCCUGGCCUUGAUUCAAUCGAUUGUAAAUCAACCAACAAUUGGACCAAUCGUAUUCUUUGUUGGUUUACAAGUUAAUGAGGAAGCCCUGAACUUUAUGCCGAGUCGCCAGUAUGCGGCCUACAUCAUCGGCUUAUUUCCUAGUGUCUACGAUUGGUUGGUAAACGUUUCUGCUAGAUCUCCAUUGAUUGACGACACCUUUAGCUAUGACAUCUCAUCAGUACAGUCUCCUACCUGGAUGGGAGUAUUGAACUGGAAGAAUGGAUCGCUGUUGGUAUCUUUGCUUUGGACCUCCAUCCUAGUAAACGUUAUCGACCGACAAUGGGUAUCGGCUGCGAUUUGGUCCGUGAUUGCAUCCCUCUUUGCAGUGUUUGGAAUCAUUCAUUCUUUUUCUGCCGGUUUUUCGAACUUUAAUUCACCUUCAUGGCAAUAUUGCUGGGAUGCUGACGGAACUUGCUGGGAAUAUUCCGAGCAAUGGAUGGAAUUCACCGCAUAUCUAAUGGUGGCGGCCACCUUUGUGAUUUUGCAUUUUGUUUCUAAGCACGAUGAACAGAUGAAAGAUCCCAUUGACGACGAAAGCCGCCACGCUUUCGAUGAUUGGUUUAAGGAUGCAUACAAAUACAAGGACAGUGAAGGAAACACUCGUGAUAGCCGGAUCGAUCAAUCAGGAGAAGAAAUGAAAGAGGCCAUGGCUAAUCCUGGAAAUGAAGGCGCAGACGCAAUGAAACUUGUCUACGGAGAAGGUCAUCCGGAAGAAGUGCAAGACAACCCAGGGAACGAAGCUGCAAAGUCGUUGUCAAAGGCUGUUGAAAUGGCAGCAUAGUAGUCUUCGUUGCGUCUUUGGAUUCAUGUUUUCUAAUUUAUCAUGAUGGUCUGGUAUUUUUCAACUUGUGACAUCGGUUGAAGAGAAAGAUGCUACCAUGCGGUACGGUACUUAGUAUUUCAUAGUAAUUUGUCAGAGACACAUGAAGCACUGGAUUAUCAAUAAGAAUGUGGACAAGUC